AUGACUUACCUCAAGGACAGCUACAAGAAGUUUCUGAACAACAGCGGAGAUGCGCCGUUGGCCGACAAUGUGUCGCUGAUCUAUGUCCCCACUACCACACGCAUCGAUGGCGCCGACGCGGUCAAGAAGCAUGUGUCGCGCGAAGCGAGAAUCGUCAAGAAGACGUCGGAGCAGGUCAUCAAUGCUAUCGAGAGCUCCGACGCGUUGUGUUUGGAUAUUGAGGUCACCCUGACGUUCGUUGAGGGCGGUGGUGCCUAUCUUCCCGUGAUGGACGAUAAUUUCCUGAUGGAUAGGGUCGCAACCAUCCCCACGCUCCACAUCGUCCAAUUCAAUGCCGAACAACAGAUCCAACAGGUCCGGAUCUACUGGGACCAGGCCUCACUGCUCAAGGCUGUCGAGGUCAUUGGUAAGAGCGGCCGUGCCUGGCCCAUCCGUGAUAGCAAAGAUCAGACCCGUCUGCUCAGGAAUGCCGCGACUGCGAAAUUCGACGCCCCGUCUCUGGCCCCGUCCCAGAGCAAUAACCUGCCUCCGCGACCUGCCUCGCCGGGCAAGCGAUACAUCAAGGACCCCUAUGCCGCAGACUCCCUUUUCGAUCUCCUGUCUCCCAACAAGGCUGAGGCCCAGACUUUCAGCGAAGAGGAAACCCGCAAGCCCGCUACCACUGGCAAGAGACACACUAGAGACCCCUAUGCUGCCGGGUCCUUGACCGAGCUCCUCUCGCCCAGCAAGCCGGAGACCACUCAACCGGUGCGCCCUUACGGCGGUUCUCAGCCGGCCGCGCGUCCAUACGGUGAUUUGUUUGUGGGAGGUGACGAUGACGACAUGCCUGGCACACCUACCAAGGCCGAGAGGGUUAUUGCUUCCAAGGCUGGUUCAAAGUUCCAGGGCAACCGUAUUUUCCAGGACGAUGACGAACUCCAGGAUCGCGCUUUCUACAAGAGUGACCCCAAGAAGUACGACCACUUCCAGAUUGGGGCCGACAAUGCCGAUCUAGAAGCAAAGGAAGAGCCAAAGCGUGGCAAGUCGCGUCACCAGUCGCAGUGGGACUUCGGCGACUUCUCCACUCCCGUGAAGCCCUCCAACCCCAAGCCAGUUGAGGAAUCGCGUCCCUUUGGCUACAAUGCUGAUGAGACGGGUGAGUCCCCUCCAGCGAGGCCGGCUGUGCACAAGCCCCGCCGGGACGCAGACGUUCAUUUCGGUAUGACCGACGACGACAAGGGUGAUGACGGCCGCAUGAUCAGCUCCUACGGAAACCGCGGCAACCGUCUGUACGAGAACCGUCUGUUCGGCGAAGAGAACGGCGAUUCUAUCCCCAGCAAGUCAGCGUCGCAGAAUGAGUCUCUGGGGGUCACUGGUAACAAUGCCAGCCGAAAGAACAACUUCGACGUUCACUGGCAGAUGGCCGAUAUCUCUCCUGCACCCAGCAAAUUCGACAGCGAGAACGUAAAAACGAUGGCCGCUGACCGUGCCAAGUCGAUUCAGCAAAUGGAAGCGUCCUGGGAUCAAGACUACGACGUAUCCCCUGAACCAAUCCGUCCCGCUACACACCUGCAUGACCCCAAGGGACACAACCAACGCAGCUGGACCUACGGCGACGAGUAA